AUGGCUUCAGUCUUGGCUUCAUGGCUUCAUGAAGGCGCUGGUGCAGCUGCAGGAGGCGUGGGGCGCGUGGGCGGGCAACAGCAAUGCCACCACGGCGUGCACUGCAUGGGCCGGCGUCACGUGCAGCCCUCGCGGGCUCGUCGCUGCCCUGUCAGUCUCCCUGCCGCUCAUUUCACUUCCGCGCCCUCUCUGCCCGUUGCUGCCCCUCACUGUCCACAGCACUGCACCUCACCGCCCUUCACUGUUGGUCUCGAUCUGUCUUACCUUGAUCUGGUGGGGUCCAUUCCAUCUCUCGCCCCUCUCACCGCCCUCACCCACCUGUAUGCGCCCCUCUCACCGCCCUCACCCACUUGUACGCGCCCCUCUCACUGCCCUCACCCACCUGUACGCGCCCCUCUCACCGCCCUCACCCACCUGUACGCGCCCCUCUCACCGCCCUCACCCACCUGUACGCGCCCCUCUCACCGCCCUCUCCCACCUGUACGCACCCCUCUCACCGCCCUCACCCACCUGUACGUGCUGUUCUCCCGUGCUUUCAGAUCUCAGCUGCUUAUCUGUUGGACAACGCCCAUCCACCAUGCCCAUGCACCAUGCCCUUCCACCAUGCCCGUCCACCAUCCCCGUACACCAUGCCCGUCCACCAUGCCCGUCCACCAUGCCCGUGCACCAUGCCCGUCCACCAUGCCCGUCCACCAUGCCCGUGCACCAUGCCCAUGCACCAUGCCCGUGCACCAUGCCCGUCCACCAUGCCCAUGCACCAUGCUCGUGCACCAUGCCCGUGCACCAUGUCCGUGCACCAUGCCCGUGCACCAUGCCCGUCCACCAUGCCCGUGCACCAUGCCCGUGCACCAUGCCCGUGCACCAUGCCCGUGCACCAUGCCCGUCCACCAUGCCCGUGCACCAUGCCCGUGCACCAUGCCCGUGCACCAUGCCCGUCCACCAUGCUCGUGCACCAUGCUCGUGCACCAUGCCCGUGCACCAUGCCCGUGCACCAUGCCCGUGCACCAUGCCCGUGCACCAUGCCCGUGCACCAUGCCCGUGCACCAUGCCCAUCCACCAUGCCCGUGCACCAUGCCCGUGCACCAUGCCCGUGCACCAUGCCCGUCCACGAUGCCCGUGCACGAUGCCCGUGCACGAUGCCCGUGCACCAUGCCCGUGCACCAUGCCCGUGCACCAUGCCCGUGCACCAUGCCCGUGCACCAUGCCCGUGCACCAUGCCCGUGCACCAUGCCCGUGCACCAUGCCCGUGCACCAUGCCCGUGCACCAUGCCCGUGCACCAUGCCCGUGCACCAUGCCCAUCCACCAUGCCCAUUUCACCACCCUCAUGUGCACACAUCCUGCUCUUCGAAGCUUGA